GUUGUGUUUAUGCGCAACACCGGAAGCAAAUAAUAGCUCUCCAGAUACACAAACAUCUGCUAAAAACAUUUGGAUAAAAGAGCUCGACAGAAGAAACAGCAGCUCUUGAAUGGAAGUGGCGAGGGCCCGAGAGAUGGGUCCAGAGCGAAUCUUACCGAACUCCGAGGAUGAUGUGGUGCAGGACCGGCCUUUAGACACCGCUGUGCCGGAGGAGUGGAGCGGAGAGGACAUGGAGGAGGAGGAUGAAGGAGGCGCUGGAGACGAGGACGAGGGCAAUGCUGGAUAUUACUAUCAGCCUCUGAAUCAAGACCCAGACGGGAUGAACGGCUCAAACACAGAGCCUGCGGAUGAAGGAACCACCGCAGAGCAGCUCCAAGACGUCCAGGACAGAAUAGAGGCCAUGGGUCUGUUUCUGCCCCAGCCUCCUCCUCCAGACAGUGAUGAAGAGGAGGAUCCUGAAGGAGCUGCUGCCCGUAGAAGUUCUGCGUCUAUUCCCAUGGAUGCAGAUCAUGUCGAGCUGGUGAAAAGGACCAUGGCGGCUGUAAAUUUGCCAACACUAGGAAUCCCCGCCUGGGCCCAGGAAAUCUCUGACGACCAGUGGAAGGACAUGGUCCAGCAGACACUUCAGUCCAGACAAAGCUCUGCAGGCCUGAGACUGGAACGCAAGUGAAAUAGUUUCAAGAGCCUCGUCUCACCUACCACACAUCUCACACUGCAGAAACACGAAACAGCUUCUGACGUUCGCUCAUCUCAAACAAAUCAACAGGCACAUUGAUCACUUAGCUGUGGUUUAUAUAAACAAUGGACUGGAAUUCUUGAAAUGGAAAUCUAAUAGUAUCCAAUUGAUGCAGUUACGAGGCAAAAACUGUCCUGAAAACACCCCAGACAUUUUUCAACCCAGUUGUAUUAAUGCAGUGUGUUUGUUUGUUUUUUUUGUAAAGCCUUAGUGGUUGCUUUUGUAUGACAGUGUAGAUGUAAUGAUGCAUCUCAAGUAAUACUCACAGCUCCAUUAAUCUGUUGAUACCCGUGCAAUGACUCGACUGAUCCUGUAUCUCACACGGCUCGAGCAACACAACUGGUCGUCGCAUCUUUUGUGUUUCUUUAUUUUUGUUCUGUACAUACAUGAACAUCUGUACAAAAUAUGACUUUCAUACUAUGUAAUGCUCAACCUAAUUAAAGUACAACAUAUGUACAUAUGACCUGGAAA